GAGUGACCCCUCUGAGCCGCCACCAUGGCCCUGGUUCAGGCUCUGCCCAUAUCUGCUGAGCCCCACAGCUCCGGCCUGAGCGGAGGAGCUCGCAGACGUCACCCCUCCGGCCCGUCGCCCCCCAUCAACCCGCCGCCCUCCACCCUGGAUCCGAUGGGCUCUGUCAGCAGCCUCAUCAGCGCCCGGCCCGGCCCCUACCAGGACCACCGCUCCGGCGUGGAGCUGGGAGCCAGAGGCCGACGGCCCACGCCGGGAGCUUCCUGCCUGGGCCCCGAGUCGCCCCAGGACCCGCUGCUGCAGAGCGUCCCUCCGCUGAAGAAGCAGAGCUCCACAACCAGCAGAGGGCUGGAGAAGGAGGGCGGCAACGGGAACUACACGUACGUGAACGAGGACUACGUAGGCGACUGGAACGAUAACCACGUGACACCGGGCAGUCCAGGAAGUGACGCAGAUGAGGUCAAAGACGGAUCAGGGUUGAAUGGAAACCUGGGGGGGCCUCCUCCAAAACUGAUCCCAGUGUCAGGAAAACUGGAGAAGAACAUGGAGAAAACAGUGCUGCGGCCCACUGCCUUCAAACCCGUCAUUCCCAAGAGCCGCACCUCGAUGCAAUAUCUGUCUCCUCGCCAUUGUGCCAACGCACCAGAAAGCCAAAACAACCUGAACCUGCUGAGCCCCACCCACAGAGAGGUGUCGCCCUCCUGCUCUGAGAAGCGCAGCUCCUACAGUGGCGGCCGGAACGUCGGCGGCAGCAGUCAGUCCUGCUCACUGUCCGACUCGGGCCGCAACUCGCUGUCAAGCCUGCCGCCUUACAACAACGCCGGCUACGGCCUGGCGUCCGGUGAGGCCUCGGCCGGCCACCUGGAGCCCAUGAAGAGCGCUCCGCCGGUCAGCGCGCAUGGACACUCCAACUCUGACAGUGGCCGAUCAUCCUCCAGUAAGAGCACUGGCUCCGGGUCGCUAAGCGGCCGGGGGCAGCCUCUGUCGGACAGCGGCUCCAGCGGUCGCUCUCCUGGACCAGUGGAGGGUUAUGAAGGUGUGGUGAGGGACCUGGAGGACAAACUGAGAGAGAGAGAUCUGGAGCUGCAGCAGCUCAGAGACAACCUGGACGAGAACGAAGCUGCGAUUUGUCAGGUUUAUGAGGAGAAGCAGAAGCGCUUCGAGCUGGAGCUGGAGGAGCUGAGGCAGGGCUGUGCCACCAGGAUGCAGGUCGCCUCCCAGAAGGCCCAGCGCGCUCAGCAGGUGCUUCAGCUGCAGGUUUACCAGCUCCAGCAGGAGAAGAAGAAGCUGCAGGAGGACUUUGCUCAGCUUCUGAAGGAGAGGGAGCAGCUGGAGGAGCGCUGCACCUCCUACGAGCAUGAGAAGAUCCAGCUGGGGCCUCGACUGGAGGAGACCAAGUGGGAGGUGUGUCAGAAGUCGGGGGAGAUCUCGUUGCUGAAACAGCAGCUGAAGGAGGUGCAGGGUGAGUUGGCUCAGCGUGUUGGGGAGAUCGUGUCGCUGCGAGGUCAACUCAGAGAGACUCGCGGCGAGCUGACCAACACCCAGGUGCAGCUCCAGGAGGCCCAUGGCACAACCCGAACACGGACCCUGGAGCUGGAGGUGUGCGAAAACGAGCUCCAGCGUCGCAAGAGUGAGGCGGAGCUGCUCAGAGAAAAGGUGGCGCGUCUGGAGGGAGAGCUGGCUCAUCUCAGAGAGGCUCUGGCCAAUCAGGGGCCAGGAAACAGACAGUGUCAGGUGUUCCAGGAAGCCGAGGAACACCUGCUGGCCUACGAGAGCGAUGAGGCCAAGGCCCAGCGGCAGAGCAGCUCUGAAGCCCUGCAGAACAUGAAGGUGCAGAUGGACAGGAUGAGGUCCGAGUUGGCCUUCGAGCGUCAGAGGGCCGAGCAGCAAACGGGAAGCUUCGAGGAGGAGCGAAAGAUUUGGCAGGAGGAGAAGGACAAAGUGAUCCGCUACCAGAAGCAGCUGCAGCAGAACUAUGUGCAGAUGUAUCGCAGAAACCGAGAGCUGGAGCAGCUUCUGCAGGAGCUCAGUCUGGAACUGGAGAGCAGAGAGGACGACGAGGGCAGCGGUAACGAGAUCAACUUUGAUGAGAUCGCGGCGACAGAAAUCUGAUCCUCUUCUGUCCAUUUUUUUUUAUUUUUAAUUUGCACUACUGUCAGCUCAAUGUUUCUCCUACGCGUCACAGAUGUGAUCUCGUGUUGUCCCGACGGAAAUGGUCUGUUUGUUGAAGUCUCAAAAUAUCAAAACGUGCAGCCACAUUA